ACUAAUCCAAGUGUCAGCGCGGAGACGCACACAGCAGCAGCAGGUCGCGACGUCCCUGUCCACACGAGGACCGGACCCGGGAGAUCCACAGGAGCAGCAGGCGCGUGUACCCGACCUGAGCACCCUCUUUUACCCGCUUUCACUUCCACAUUCACCCCUGAAGUGACAAGUGUCGCUCCGGGAAAACUCCGGGGGAAAUUCGCGCGACUUUCGGCUCCGGGACUCACCUGAAUAUGGCUUCUACCACCUGCACAAGAUUUACGGACGAAUACCAGCUUUACGAGGAGCUGGGAAAGGGUGCGUUCUCCGUGGUGCGACGCUGCAUGAAGAAUUCCACGGGGCAAGAGUACGCGGCCAAAAUAAUCAAUACCAAGAAGCUAUCUGCCCGAGAUCACCAGAAACUCGAGAGGGAGGCCCGGAUCUGCCGUCUGCUCAAACAUCCCAAUAUUGUGCGUCUUCAUGACAGCAUAUCAGAGGAGGGCUUCCACUACCUGGUGUUCGACCUAGUGACAGGCGGGGAGCUCUUUGAGGACAUCGUUGCCAGAGAAUACUACAGUGAAACGGAUGCCAGUCAUUGCAUCCAGCAGAUCCUGGAGGCCGUGCUCCACUGUCACCAGAUGGGUGUGGUCCAUCGGGAUCUCAAGCCUGAGAAUCUCCUCCUGGCCAGUAAACUGAAGGGGGCGGCGGUCAAACUGGCAGAUUUCGGCCUGGCCAUAGAAGUUCAAGGAGACCAGCAGGCAUGGUUUGGUUUCGCUGGGACCCCGGGAUACCUGUCUCCAGAGGUGUUGAGGAAGGACCCGUAUGGAAAGCCAGUGGACAUGUGGGCCUGUGGUGUGAUCCUGUACAUCCUCUUAGUGGGGUACCCUCCUUUCUGGGACGAGGACCAGCACAAGCUCUACCAGCAGAUCAAAGCAGGAGCCUAUGACUUUCCUUCUCCGGAGUGGGACACAGUAACAUCCGAGGCAAAAGAUCUGAUCAACAAGAUGCUCACCAUUCACCCAGCCAAGAGAGUGACUGCCACGGACGCGCUCAAGCACCCCUGGAUCUGCCAACGCUCCACUGUGGCCUCCAGUAUGCACAGACAGGAGACCGUGGACUGCCUCAAGAGGUUCAACGCCAGGAGGAAACUAAAGGGUGCCAUCCUGACCACCAUGCUCGUCAAUCGCAACUUCUCAGCAGCCAAGAGCCUCAUCAACAAAAAGCCCGAUAGUGUCAAAGGUUCCAGUGAGAGCGCCAACACCACUAUAGAGGAUGAAGAUGUUCGAGCCCGCAAGCAAGAGAUUAUCAAAGUGACGGAGCAGCUCAUCGAGGCAAUCAACAGUGGAGAUUUUGAGGCCUACACGAAGAUCUGUGACCCCGGCCUGACGUCAUUUGAACCCGAGGCUCUGGGGAACCUGGUGGAGGGCACGGACUUCCACCGCUUUUACUUUGAAAAUGCUCUGUCCAAACACAAGCAGCCCAUCCACACCAUCCUGCUGAACCCUCACGUGCACCUGAUCGGGGACGAGGCCGCGUGCAUCGCCUACAUCCGUCUGACUCAGUACAUGGACUCGAGCGGCCUGCCCCGGACCAUGCAGUCUGAGGAGACCCGCAUCUGGCACCGCAGGGACAGCAAGUGGCAAAACAUCCACUUCCACCGCUCCGGGUCGCCCACCGUGCCCAUCAAGUGAGGACCACCGCCAGGCUGAGAACUCCCCGAUCCCCGAGUGAUCGACUCCUCACCAGACCCCGCCUCCUUCUACAUGUCCAUCAAACCCUCUCGACCAAUCCUUGCCCAGUCUGUAGCUAGAGCUCCGCCCUCUCAGUGUGUUGUUUACAUAGCGUCGCUGCUGGACGGAAAUUCUUGUAAAUGUUAUAACUUUUUUUUGUUUUUUGUUAUGUUUUGUUGUUUUUUUUGGAGUGUGCUGCGUUCACACUCACAGUUCACCGAGCCAUCAUUUAGUGACAGUUUUAAUAUUGCACACUAACUAUUGUAAGGGAAAAAUAUACUGAAUCUUUUAAAAUCCUGUAUCAUUCGUUCAUUCAUUUUUCAAAAAUAAAACCAAAAAUAAGAAAACGACAAAACAACUAUUUUCUUCUAGUUAUUUGUCUCCAAAACCAAAAUGGAAAAAUAGAUAAAGAUUUUUUUUUUUUUUUUCAGUUUUCAAUUUUGUGUUUAAAUGAAGAAUGGAAAAAAAAACGUCUGUUUCCUGUUUCCAUGACUUAAACUGCAAUGCCGGACUUUUGCACCGCAUAUGGACUGUACCAGGUCUAAACUGGUCUCUGUCCUGGUCUGGUCCUGGUCUAGGUCCUAAACCAGGACUGAAUCAGGAGUGUGGGGACGGGCCCAGAGUUGUGUGAUUUGAACUGAGACCAGGACCAAACCAGGACUGAGAACAGGACGGAGAUCGGUUUAAACCUGCUUUAGUUCUGUUUUAGUCCUGUUUUAGUCCUGUUUUAAACCCGGUUUAGCCCCGGUUUAGGCCUGGUUUUGUCCCAGAUUUAGUCCUGGUUUUAGACGUAGUUUAGUCCUGGUUUAGUCCUGGUUUUGGCCUGGCUCAGUCCGGCAUUGCAGGAAAGGUUUCGUAUUCAUUUAAACACAAAAUCGAAAACUGAAAAAAUGAAUCUUUGUCCUUUUUUUGUUUGUUUUUUGUUUUGGAGACAAAUAAUGAAGAAAAUGAUCGUUUUUUUCAUUUUCUUAUUUUUGAUUUUAUUUUGAAAACCGAAUGAACGAACAAUACAUAGAUUUUUUUACAGUUGCCGUUUAGUUCCUGCUUAUGAUUUUAACUUGUAUCUCGGUAUGUUUACUACCAAUUUUAACACGUUUCAAUUGACCAUCAGUUGUGAAUGUAACUUACACAAAGCCGUUUUAAAGGCAGGUUUUCAUCACGUGUAUUCAGCUCUUGUAUUUCUUUGGAUUUUUAUAUUGUGAUAUUGAUGCAGUAACUUGUCCCUCCACUUUGACAAUAUAUAGUUUUCAUUUUUGAAUUUAAAGGUCCUAUAUUACGCAAAAAUUAAAUAUCUGGAGUUGUGUUUUGUUUCAUUCACACAUGUUUGAGUAAUUCAGGUUAACAGCGACUUUUUUAUCUUUAGUUCAGUGGAGUUUGUCAAUUCCAGGUCUGAAAUGAUCCAAAUGAUUCUAGUGAAGGUGUACGGAGUUUAAAAACACAGUGGAGCACUUCCUAAAUGACAUGACAGUGUGUUUAAACAAGUGUGAAUGAAACAAAACACAACUCCAGGUUUGUUUUUGAUGAGGAAACAACAUUAUAACACAGAAAAAGCGUAAUAUGGGCGCUUUAAACCAAUUGUACAGUUCCAACUAUUGUUUUACACGGGACCAUAAAUCACUUUGUUUUUCUUUUUUUCCUUUUAAAUUAUCACAACUUCUGUCAUGGGUGUAUUGGUGUUUAGUUUUCAUAUUGUAGAUACACAAAGUUCUGGUUAGGACAAAACUGGGUUAAGAGUAGAAAUGAUGAUGACUAUUUGGUGUUUUUUGAAUCCGUCUCUAGUUUGAUUACAAGUUUCCCUCUUUUGCGAUUCCUGGUGGUACACUGGUAUAACAUGUUGUGGUGGGACAAGUCUGAUGUGUGGUAAUGAAAUAUAUAAUAAAAUGUGUGAUUAUGCCAAAGGAAA